UGGAGGGGAGGCCGAGGAAACCAGUCGGAUCCUAGCUGUAGGUCGCAGUGGCGCUUCAGUUGACAGGCUGGUACCGUAGUGCGCGGUAGGCUGGCCUGCGUGCGGUGUGCGCGUCUUCUCGUUGAACAGAGGGCAGAGAAAGCCGGUUGAAAUUUCGACGUUUAACGGGACGAAGGACGAAGUAGCGAGGAAGGUUUCUGCGAUUAGGAUAAUCGACUUCGGCAAAUUAUCCUGCGCCGAGUGAUCCGACUUUGAUCUCUUUGAUCGCGAGAGAAACAAGUUCGUACUCUAGUUUUUCUUCUUGCGAGCGAUCGAUUCCGAAAUCAAAAUCUGUCGAUUGCGAUCGGGGAAUAGUGCGACGUUCGCUUUAACCGCGCGAAACGCAACAACUUUCAAAGUGCUGCGACGACGAACAGAUUGAAGUGACGCGCGGAUAAACAGAUCGAGAGAGGCGCGAGUGUCUGUCAUCAACUUGCCGCAGAGUUGUCGGCUCCGGUUGUAGAAGGGCGUAGUAAUCGAAGAGCUCGUAAAGUGAGUGAGUGACAGUGGCGGAAGUGUGUGAUCGCCAGGACGACGGAGGAUAGGAGGCGAGUUCUUAACGCAAGUGUAUAUCAAGAGAGAGAGGAAGAGAGAAAGCCGUCGUCCCUCAAGGGUCCAGACGACGCGUCGCGACGCUCGUCAAAGUCGUAACGGAUCCAGAGGCAUCGUCGCCGUCGUCUACAUAUUUGAGUGGUUACACUAGCCACUCUGUCAGCGUUCAUCUUCCACGAUCAUCGACUCCCAUUCACGCCUUGCCCACGACGUGCCAUUGAAACAUCGAAUUAAUCGAUUGAUCUGACAUCCCCCGUCUAGUUCGGAACGAUCGUAAGUGGCCCUUUGUCUUGAUUGGUUUCCACAUCACGAAAAAAGUCCAUCUAGAAGUCCCAUGUUUUGAGCGGUACCGCGUAGAAAGAUGAAGACUGCGGUCGGCUCGCUCCUCCUCCUCCAUCUCCUCCUCGUCAGCGGUGUCGUCUCCGUCGAGUGGAAGCACAGCGCCGUCCUGGACAACAAUUUCUUGGUGCUGUGGACGCCCGGCGAGAGAGAUGUUACAUUCGAGAUCCAAGUGAAGACCCUCGGCUACGUCGGACUCGGUUUCACCAAGGACGACGGCAACGCCGGGGCUGACAUGGUCAUCGGCUGGGUCGAUAAUAACGGCCAGGUCCACCUUCAGGACCGGCAUGUGAAGGGCAGCAGCAGGGAUCCGCAGAUGGAUUCGAGCCAGGAUUACCGGCUGUUACUGGGUUACGAGAACAAGACGCACACAGUGCUUCGUUUCAGCAGGCGAUACGACACAUGCGACCCGCGGGACUUGAAGAUCACGAACGACACGUUGCAAGUGGUUUGGCAAUAUCAUGUCGAGGAGCCGGUGUCGGCGGCCGGGGUUCUGCCCGAUCACGGCGCGGUGCGAGGCUCGAGGCCGUUGUAUCUGGUGCAGAGGGACACGCAGCCCAGACGAAGCUCGCGUAAUCAGGACGCGGAGCCACCGCUGAAGAUCUGGGACAUUUUGAACAAACAGGUUCGUUUACCCAUGCAGCAAGACAUGCUGCUCUGGUGCCGUGUCCUGAUGAUGCCGGAGAUUAAUCACAAACACCACGUCGUGAAGUAUGAACCAGUUAUUCAGCCGGGAAGCCGCGAAUACCUGCAUCACAUGAUCCUGUACGAGUGCCGUGGAGAUCAAGCCCAAUUGGAAAUCGCGGCCGAAAUGUCCGGGAGUGCCUGUUAUGUUCCUGAUAAACCCGCAUUCCAGUGCAACACGAUCGCGGCCACUUGGAGUCUCGGUUCUGAGGGCUUUAAUUAUCCGCCGGAGGCCGGAUACGCGCUCAAUCCGCACACGGGGCCGCGCUACUUCAUGCUGGAGACCCACUACGCGAAUCCGCAGAGGGACUCCUUCAUCAGCGACAGCAGCGGCCUGCGUCUCCUUUACACCGAUCGGCUGCGCGGCCACGAUGCCGGCAUCCUCAGCGUCGGCAUCGACCCCAACUGGCGGCACAUAAUACCGCCGGGCCAGCCCGAGGUGGUCUCCGAGGGCCACUGCAUCGCCGAAUGCACCGGUCAGAAGAUACCGAACAGCGGCAUCAACAUAUUCGCCGUCAUCAUGCACACCCAUCAGCUCGGCAGAAAAGUCCGCCUGCGGCAGAUCCGCGGCGGCGAGGAACUGCCCCCGAUCGCCGCCGAUACCAACUACGAUCCCGAGUAUCAGGAGUAUCGGAAGCUCCAGAAACCCGUCAAGGUAUAUCCGCGUGAUCACUUGGUCGCCGAAUGCACGUACUCGUCCGAAUCACGAGGGGCCAUCACGCUCGGCGGCUUGGCACCGAGAGAAGAGACUUGUUUAGUGUCCGUUCUCUAUUAUCCUCCCAUUGAGUUAUCCCUCUGCUAUUCUUUACCCUCGUUACCAACAGUGCUGCAUAGCUUGGGAAUCCAGAAAUUAGUACAGGGUUCCAGCCCGGUAAAGAUCGAGGAGCCGCCAAAGUUGGCGGGCAUGUCGCUGGAAGAACGACUGGUCAGUUACGAUUGGGAGUCCAACUUCCAGAGCUUCCAGGAAGCCACUCGGGCGGGCACGUUCAAACCCCUGUGCGGCAACAGCAAGGGCGCUCUGCCCGGCACGGACAACCUCGAGGUGCACUAUCCGCGUAUCCUCAGGCCCUACGAGGAGGCGAACGUGCCCUGCGCGAAGAAGCCGCUGCGGAACAAGCUGUCGAUGCUGCUGAGCGAGGACGACGACAUCGGCGCGCCGGUCGAUCCCGACAGCGACGAGUCGAACGCGAUCGAGCGAGGUCAGCUGGUGCGCAGCAAAGUGUCUCGCAGCAGCGACGCGGGGCCCACGGCCGGUAGUUCCUGCGGAUGCACGGCAUCAGUAGCGGUGAUCCUGGCCGUGAUAACCGUCGUCGUUGGAGCCGCGUUCAGGUGAACAUCGUCGUUGGUCGAUCGGUCGUUCGAGUUCACUCGGAUCCAGGAUCGUCCUGACGAUCGUUCAUCGCGGUCGAAUUCGCGGCGAAUGAUUCGCGACACCGAGCAGCAGCUGGAAUGCGUAAGUACAUGCCAAUCUCAGCGACGCGUAACUUAGGCUUAGAUAGGUAUUAUCGUUCUCCGACCGAGCGCGUCGAGAGAUUCGAUCGAUGGUUUUCUUCUUUUUCGAGCUGCGUUGGAGUGAUUUCUCUGGCACGGCUAGCGAAAUCUGCGCGUUGUCAGAUAGAUUAGAUGAAAUAAUCGGAGUGAUUUAUAUGAUACAUUUCAUUUGAGCGUGUAAGUUUACUCUGUUGAAAAUUUUGCUGACGCACCAAUCUACAUUUGCACGUUAUUGAUCGAAAUUGGAGUUCAAAGUGGGCAGUUGAUAGAAAUACAUGCGCCAGGAUUUCGCUAGCCUUCAAUCGAGAAUUUUCAAAUUUCCGCGAGUGGGAAAGGACAAUUGCAAUCACCAGUCGGUGUAUAAAUGAAACUUAUAUACAAACAUAUAUCAUAGAAGAUGUAGUGGAAAUUACCGGAUCCACAUUAUCUCGACAUAUAGGUGUUGAAGUAAAAUUAUGGUAAUUUUAUAUGGUAGCGUUAUCAAAAGUAUCUCGUCCACAUACACGAUACUCGAUCUUACCAGCCGGACAUUAACUCUUUCUUUCUUUAUAUAAUAUAGUUAAAAUGAUUAUUGAGGAAGUAAUAUCUAAAAUAAGAAAUAAAUCUAAUAAAUGAAAAUAUUUCAUUUUGCGAAAUAUUGUUUGAUUGAAUUAGAUAUUCUCUACAGACUUGUGAUAUUUAAAGAUUUGACUUAAAAAGAAGACUGUCAUAUUUCUCUCAUAAGUCAAAAUAAAUAAUUCUAUAAAAGUUGUAGAUAUUUUUAAGAGAGACCAUCUGCGAAAAGAGCAUUAAACAAAUGUACAGAGUAUUUUUGCUGCCCAUAUUUAGAAAAGGUUCCUUUCUGCAUUCUUAUUUUUGACAUAGAUUUGCGUUUGUUUUUCUCUUUUUUUUUAAGUCGAAUCUUUAAUCUUUCCCUCUGUAAUAUUUUCGAAUACGAUCUCUUUUGAGAUGAAAGUUAAUCAAAUAUUCAUCUCGUCUGAAAAGCGCUCGGGAGGAACGAAAGAGUUAAUGACGCUGCGCUGGACGGAAACGGAUGUGGAUGCGGGACGCGUUAAUUUCACCUGCGGUGAAACCGAGCGCGGGAGAUCGGAUCUAUCGCGUUCUCAUUUCGCGAUCGACUUUCCUCUUUCGUGAUUUCCGCUCGCGCAUGUGUUAUACAAUAGAGAUUUUUUGCGAUACGGCAUUUCGAGAUUUGACCAGGAAAUUCCACCGAUCGAUGGGAAAUACCUAUAAAUUGCCGUGGAAAUUUUCUCACUUGAAAUUCUCAUUAUUAUUUAUACUCGGGGCAUUUGCGUUUGCGUAUUCGAAAUGCAUGCUAUCGCGGAGAAUCCGUAAUGUCCCGCGUCCUUGCGCAGGACGAUCGUAACAGGAUAUCUCUCGGAUACGAGCGCAUCGGCUGUGUCAUACGCUGGAUUUAAAAAUGUAAGUUGCACUUCGACGAAAAGGAAUAUUAAACGUGGAUAAUAAUGCGGGAAUUUUCUAUUCUCUGUAAAAAUGUAUUUGCUGCACGCAUUCGAUGAUGAUGUUGAUACGUAUCAAUAAUCAAAAGUUCGAAAAAGCUUUUCGAAAAAGAUAUAUAUCGUACAAGAUUCUUUCAUAUGAGUCGUUCCGUGUUUCAUGUAAAUUGUUUUUCUUUUUUUUAAAUGUUGAUUUACAAGGAAUUAAUAAAUUAUUUGAUAUACACAGGAGGUAUAUAUUGCUGCAAUAAUAAUCGUAAAUAAAUUAUGAAGGACCAU